AUGGCCAUGACCACCUCCUGGCAACCUCCGAAUAUCCGCGUGUUCGACUUCUCCAAGGCAGGGUGCGGAUUCUUGCCCUUCGAGGAGACAAUUCGACCUCGCCGCGGAGGCUGGGCUCCCGCUGGUCGGCUGGGUGCGCAGGGAGCGCCUCUGCGCGGAGGAGCUCUGGCGCGAGCUGGCCGCCGCGGCGGCCGACGGGAGGCCGGCUCCAGCGCCCGGGUGGCGAAGGCGAGGGUGGAGCAGAUCGUCGGGGAUGCCGUCGCGGCCCCGCGGGCCGCCGCGGGGCCUGCUGGCCUGCGCGUGCCGAAGGCCUCCGCCCUCUGGUGGGACGCGGCCCACCUGGAGGUCAUCGGCGUGUGCGCCCUCGGCCUCCCCGCGGCGCCCGCCCACCGGCUGUGGAGCCCCGCCGAGGGCCGGCCUGGCUGA